AUGAAGAAAGAGGAAGAAAAGUACGUGAGACUAGAGGCACGUCCAGACCUCCUCGGGCCCCCUGUCCCCCUGCUCAGGAGAUUUCCGCCCGCCCGCCGCCGAACAGCCAUCGUGGAUACCAGCCGCGUGCAGCCUAUCAAGCUGGCCAGAGUCACCAAGGUGUUGGGCAGGACUGGCUCGCAAGGGCAGUCCACGCAGGUGCGCGUGGAGUUCAUGAACGACACGAGCCGCUCCAUCAUCCGCAACGUGAAAGGGCCCGUGCGCGAGGGCGACGUACUGACCCUGCUGGAGUCAGAACGAGAGGCGCGGAGGCUGCGCUGA